AUGAUUUCUCCGCCGAGCGAUAACGGUGCUGCGAUGGUUACCGGUGAGUCUCAGAGAUCUGUUCCCACGCCGUUUCUCAUCAAGACUUUUAACCUCGUUGAGGAUCCUUCCAUCGACGACGUUAUCUCCUGGAACGAUGAUGGUUCCUCCUUCAUCGUCUGGAAUCCCACUGAUUUCGCUAAGGAUUUGCUUCCUAAACACUUCAAACACAACAAUUUCUCCAGCUUCGUCCGUCAGCUCAACACCUACGGAUUCAAAAAGGUUGUGCCGGAUCGGUGGGAGUUUUCGAAUGAUUUCUUCCGGAGAGGAGAGAAACGUCUUCUCCGUGAGAUCCAGCGCCGGAAACUUACUCCUCAAGCACCUGUUUCUCCGCCGCCGGAAGUGGUGGCGGCUCAGAUAAUCCAGACGGCGAAACCGGUUGUGUCUCCGUCGAAUUCAGGGGAGGAUCAGGCGAUGUCUCCGUCGUCGUGGUACUGUCAAACCGGAAAUGGUGGUUUAUCCGUUGAGCUAUUGGAGGAGAACGAGAAGCUUCGGAGUCAGAACAUCCAGCUUAAUCGUGAGCUUGCUCAGAUGAAAUCUCUUUGCGAUAGCAUCUUUAGCCUCAUGACGAACUACGCCGGAUCUUCCUCCGAUCGGGGCAGUAGCAGUCACGACGCGAUGAAACCGGUGGAGUUUUUACCGGCGAAGCGGUUUGAGGAAGAAGCAAGCCCGAGGCUGUUUGGUGUUCCGAUUGGGAUAAAACGGACGAGAAGCGAAGGAGUUCAGGUGAAGACGGUUACUACUGCGGCGGCGAGGGGAGAUAAAACCGGCGGCGGGAGCGGUGGAGGAGGGGAGAAGGAGGAGACGCCGUGGCUGAGACACUAUAAUCGAGCCAAUCAGAGAGUCUGUAAUCAAACGGCUUAG